AUCAAAAUGGAUCGUUAUAAUUUGCCUCCAUAUCAUCUACAAUCAAAUUUGAACAUUGAUACGGGAUCUUCAAGUGAUCUUGUUUAUCAUCCGAAAUCACAUCUGAGCCCACUCACUAAACAAGUAAAUCAAAUGGCUUAUGAAAUUCCUCAUAACAAAUAUGCUAGAAAUCCUUGGAGCUAUGCACCUGAAUUUCUUAAAGUAUUUGGUGAUGUGAAAAUGCACAUAGGGGGCCGUGUAAUAUUUGAUUGCGUCCUUCUCGGCUCACCAAGACCCAAGGUGUGUUGGCUUUUUAAUGAAGAACCUAUAAAGUUCGCGGACGUCAAGGUCGAUGAUACAGCAGAUUUGUGCAGGCUUACGAUAACCUCUGUGCAACCUCAUCAUUAUGGUGAAUAUACAGUAAUAUGCGAAAAUGAAAUUGGCCGCGCGGUUACUUCAGCUUUAUUACUUCCUCAGUAA